AUGAGUGGUUGGUCAGGUCCAGGCCUGAGCACAGGUCUGAGCACAGGUCCUUCUACCCCAGUGACUGCCAACACCAAUACAGCUCAUGAUCACUAUCAUCAUCAUCCAGUACAUGAACUAGAAGAGUACUUGAAUCAACUGAUCAGGAGUAUUGGACAACACGAACAAAAGCAGCAUCAGGUGGAACAGCAGAGGCAUCAGACUGCGCAGUAUGGACAUGGACAUGGACAACCUCAGGCUCAGGCUCAGGCUCCAGUAGGAUCUAUAGGAUCUCAGCCAGAAAGCCACAGAGUUGUUCCAGAGUGGCUCAAGACGGAAGGCUCACCACCCGACAAGCAACUCCCGCCACCUGAUCCUGCCAGAACCAGUAGAAAUGCUGCUACAGAAGGACCUGGGGCAGAAAAGUUCUUGAGAGAAUUGGAGCAACUCAUCAAGUGUUUCUUGAAUCAGCAGAAACAGCAACAGACAAAUCCACAAUCCCAUAAUCAAAGUACAAACAGAGCAGCCCCUCCCCCUCUUUCCCCAAAUAGUUUAUCCCAAGAUGCCGAAUCAAGAGUCGAAUUGCUCAGAAGGGCAGUGGCAGAUGCCGAAGCAGAGGCCACGGCACGGAGACUCCAGAUGCAGCAGCAGCAGCAGCAACACCAUUCUCAUCCACACAAGAAUCAUAAUCAUAAUCCACAACUGGCAGAAGAUGCACAAGCCAGAGUACAUCAAUUACAAAAGGCGGUGGCAGCGGCAGAGGCAGAAGCCGCGGCACGGGCAUUUCCACAACCGUCAUAUCAGGGAGGAACCUCACCCGAAGCAGAAGCUCGAGCCAAAGUUUUGCAACAGGCCAGGGCCGCCGAAGAAGCCGAGGCUGCCUCACGGGCCUUACUAUUGCAACAGCAACAGCAACAGCAACAGCGUUCGCAAUCAUGGCCCUACAAGGAAUUGCAAAAUCGCAUUGGGCAACACUGGGAUGCCACCAUGGCGGAAAAUGAUUCUCUCAAACACCAACUUCAACAAACGGGACAGUCCCAAAAUCAACUGCUUGCGGCCAAACAGGCUGAAACAGACUCGUUGAAAUACCGGGCGGCCCUUCAGCAAACACAGCUGCAGCAUGCCAAGAAUUCCGCAGAGGAAUUGCUUCAGGAAAAGGAAGCCCUCUUGGUCAAAAUCAAACAGGCAAUUGCCGAUCUCAAACAGGAAUUGGCACAACGAAAACAACACCAACAGCCACACCACCAACAGCAGACUGCCAGAGCUCCACCCAUGCCUCAACCACAUGUACAAGUACCAAAUCCAUCGCAACAACAACAACCGCCUCGGCCACCACCCCAACCCGAGGCAUCAUCUCUGCUCCACCAUACUAACGAAAAGGAAGCCCUAUUGGAAAAGCUGCGCCAAUUCAUGACCAGUCUGGAGAAUGAACUCGGUAGGAUUCGAACGGAAAAACAAAAUCUCGAGACGGAUCUGCAAAGGACGCAAAUGGCCUUGCAAGCACAUCAACAGUUACAUCAGACGCUUGCACAGAGCUUUCAAAGUACCGAAUCAGAAAUUGGAGCCAUUCGACAAAUGUUGGCACAGGUUGACGUAGAUGAACGACGAGGAGGGACGUCGCAUCAUCAUCAGCCACAGCAGCAUCAGACCGUGUCUUGGGGGGCUCCACUGUCGAACCAUGGUGGUGCCCCAUUGCCACCUACAUCUCAGUAUUACCAGCAGCAACAAUCGGAGCCUACUAUGCAACAGAACAACACUGCCGCGACCAUGCAAUCCGCACCAUCAUCGUUUGUGCCUCCUGCUGCGGCACAAAGCCCUGCGGCAUUGCUCUCGUCCAUGCUGACGGCUCCGCCCGGACCGUACCAACUACCGAAUCCUACAACCACUGCCAUGUACAGCAGUGCACCCGCUGUCACGAACUACGGCAACACCGUGGAAACGGUAGACGAACAAGAAUGGCGACCAGACGAACAAGCGGCGGCCAUGGCCAGUGCCAACCAUGAUUACUGGCAACAACCUCAGCAGCAGCAAUUGGCUGUCUUUCAUACGCAGGAUGAUGGGAGGAGUCAAGAAGGACCGCCUGCGUACGAUCAACAUUACAACCACCCCACACAAGAUCCACAAGGGUACAUGUCACAGGGAGAACACUUUCAGAAUCCCGAGCAAGCUCCAAGAGGAGGUGGAGGGGAGUGGAACUACGAUCCACCGGCCGAGUAUCAAUCUCAAGCAGGUUUCAUCAGUACCUUCACCGAAGAUCCUUCGUACUAUCCAGGCGGUUCUGUAGGAGCCACUGGUUCUCAACAUUACGAUCCUCAUCAAAAUCCCACCACUACCGCUGGCAAUAGUAGUGCCAUGAUGCCACUUUCGCACGACCGUAGUGUUCUGACCGAGAGCGUCAAUUUUGAUGGAGGAGUCGGACAGCAACAGCAGCAACAGCAGCAACAACAACCACAGCUGUCGUCGCAGCAAUACGGUGCACAACCGCUUCCUCAGCAUAAUGGAGACUGGAGUAAUCCCGCCGAUCGCGCAUUGGUCGACCCAGCUAUGUAUUCAUCAAAUUUGACUCAGCAGGAAACAAUGUCGCGACACAGUACAUCCGCAAACCAACCGCAGUAUACACCAUACGAGCAGCCUCCACCCAGCACCAAUUACAUUGUGGAGGUGCCAACCUCUUCGACGCUCACCGACACGGUGCUUCCACCGGAACCACCACAAUAUCGUCCUACCGGCAUGGCAUUUCUGCAGCAGCAAAUGGCCGACGCAGUUGAAGACGCCAGACACAACACUGCAUUGACGGUGGCAAGCAUGAUGUCGUCCUCGUCCUACGGAACACCGCCUGUGGUCCACAAAUUUCCAUUGCAGCCGGCUCCGAUGGCAACCAUGCAUAAAACACGAAACAAUAGUGUGACAACCCCCGAGAGAGCCGUUCCUCAUCGUACGGAACCAUCCUGGACGGGUGGUAGUAUGAUGCCCACCAAUAACUCUCCAUCGCUCGCACCGGGAGGUAGUCCAUCAUUGGUGCCAAACAUUACGCGCAAGGCACGGCAGCUUGCUCCCGUAUUGUCGUAUCGAGACACUGUCGAUCAUAGUACUGGACCCAAUAAUCACCACUACAAACACGGGUCACCGAAUACCAAGGGACCACACCCAGGAAGUAAUAUGCACCGCCACUACCCACCCAGCUCGGCUGGGACUCCCAGACACAGCAAUCGCACUGGAGGCAUGACUAGUACUCCCGCCAACACCAGCAACAACAAUACGAGACCACCCGUGAACCGCGUUCGGGUCGAUCCGAGUUAG